AUGUCACACUGCCACGACGAGCACCACGACCACGGCCACGGCGGUCACGGACACGACGAGCACGACCACUCGGAUGACAUCACCCCGGCGCUGCAGCACUCUCUAUACGGGCACAUUAAUUUUGACGACGUGACGGCGCUCAACGAGUCACAGAUCGGCAGCGCGCAAGCCAUCGUUAAGAAGACAUGGGCCGAGAGGCUGGAGAGUGAGCCUGAGGUUGUUAGUGAUGCUGACGAGCAAUUGCUGGUUAAUGUCCCCUUUACCGGCCAAGUCAAGCUUCAUGCCCUUCUCAUCCGCACUUCAGACUCCCCCUCGGCACCGCGGACCCUCAAAGUGUUCAUCAACCGUGACGACCUUGACUUCUCUUCAGCCGAAGACGCCGCGCCGACGCAGGAAUUUGAGCUCUCGCGCACGGGACAGAUCCAAGAGAUCCCCGUCAAACGCGCGCUAUUUGGCAGAGUCCAGCGGCUCACGCUCUUCUUCGUAGACAACUUCAGUGACGGCGAGGAGGACGAGACCCGCGUGAGUUACCUGGGAUUCAAGGGCGAGUGGAUGCAGCUCGGUCGCGCCCCAGCGAACAUCCUCUACGAGGCAGCAGCGAACCCGAGCGAUCACAAGAUUAAGGGGACGGGGAUCAACCAGGUUGGUGGGGGUAUCGGAGGACGACAGUGA